AAAUACAGUCACGUUAUUGGUGCAGGCAUUUCGAACUACACAGUGAACGAACCGAAGUUCCAUUUUGCCAAAAUGCCCACAAAUUCUCGUUAAAUUUACCAUUUGCACCACCAAAAUUCUCCCCUUUCUUCUUCUUCUUCAUUCCUCCAUUGUUACUAUUCUCGCAUUUUCACUGAUCUUAGAAAUGGGACCGCCCGUUGUAUCCGUAGAGAAUGAUGAGGAGAGCUCGCUGUUGCUCCAGUCCACCGCCGGCGACCUCUCAUGGCGCUUGAACUUCGAUGGCUUUCAGUUAUCUCCAGAGCAUAAGGAGAAGAAGCCCUCUCGUGCUCUCCAUGAUUGCCUUGGGGUUUUGACUCCUGAAGAUUAUGUAGCUGAGUACUACCAGCAGCAGGUAGAAAUGCUUGAGGGCUUUAAUGAAAUGGAUGCGUUGGCUGAUCGUGGUUAUGUUCCUGGAAUGUCAAAGGAAGAACGUGAAAAGUUAGCUAAGAGUGAAACAUUUGCAAUCAGACUAUCAAAUGUUGCCAAUUUGGUUCUGUUUGCAGCUAAAGUAUAUGCAUCCAUCAGAAGUGGUUCCCUUGCUAUAAUUGCUUCCACACUGGAUUCACUUCUCGAUCUUUUAUCUGGUUUCAUCCUAUGGUUUACUGCAUUUUCCAUGCAAACACCAAACCCGUAUCAGUAUCCUAUUGGCAAAAAACGUAUGCAGCCUCUGGGCAUUCUUGUUUUUGCCUCCGUCAUGGCAACUCUUGGAUUACAGAUAAUAUUGGAGUCAAUUCGGACUCUCUUAUUAGGCGAUUCUGUGUUCAACUUAACCAAGGAGCAAGAGCGAUGGGUUAUGGGCAUUAUGCUCUCAGUUACUCUGGUGAAACUACUCUUAAUGCUUUAUUGCCGGGCCUUUACCAACGAGAUAAUCAAAGCAUAUGCUCAAGAUCAUUUCUUUGAUGUAGUCACCAACGCAAUCGGCCUUGUGGCUGCUCUUCUUGCUAAUUAUAUAGCUGGCUGGAUCGACCCUCUUGGAGCUAUUAUUCUGGCUUUGUACACUAUACGAACAUGGUCGAUGACGGUAUUGGAAAACGUAAACUCCCUUGUUGGAAGAUCUGCUGCCCCCGAGUACCUACAGAAGCUCACUUACCUAUGUUGGAACCACCACAAGGCCAUCAAACACAUUGACACAGUUCGAGCAUAUACAUUUGGAUCACACUACUUUGUCGAAGUCGAUAUCGUCCUGCCCGGAGACAUGCCAUUGGAAGAGGCUCACGACAUAGGUGAAUCACUGCAAGAAAAGCUCGAGUUGCUACCAGAAAUUGAGAGGGCAUUUGUUCAUCUUGAUUACGAGUACAAGCAUAAACCAGAGCACGCACAGGCACACUUUUAGAACAAGGCACAAACAUGGUGAUUUCUUCAACUCUACAAUCCCGCAUGUUCAUUUAUGUUGUAGUAAAACUGCAAUAACACCGUUUUCUGUCUUGUAAAUUUGUUCUUGAUUCUAUCCCUGAUCUCAGAAAAUUUGCUCAAU